AUGUCCACAGACAUAAGCUCUGAGGAGAGUUUUCUUCCUCUGCCCGAUGGGCGUACCUUGGCAUACGCGGAAGCAGGAAACCUAUCCAGCAAGACUGUCGUUCUUUACAUGCAUGGUUUUUUCACUGUCGGGGAUGCGUCCCAGACGUCUCAUGUCCUUCUGAGCAAGAAUGUUCAUUUCAUCACGCCCACCCUGCCUGGAUGGGGCAACACAUCACCUCCUCCUCCGUCGACACCAUACCGCGACUGUCUCACAAGUGACAUGACCGCGCUAUUGUCCCACUUGUAUCCGGAUUCCAACGGCCGUGACAUCAAACUAUACCUUGCAGGGGGCUCGCUCGGCACAGCGCCUGCACAGAUAUUGUAUGGUGCACCGUAUGACAAGUUCCCAUUCGGCCGGUGCAUAUUAGGCAUGCUACUCUUGGGCGCGUUCAGCCCGUUUCGGUACCACAAAGAUUACGCCAAACACAUGACGUGGACGCAAUAUAUCCUACCUGGCCCCAUCGGGCACUCCAUACCAUUCAACCUUCUCUCUCAUCUGAUGAAAUUCGUACUGGCGAGAAAGUUGUCGACCAUAGAAGGCGCAGAGGCGUCGUUGCGGGAAACUGUUUUUGACGUCAUGGAUCAAGCGGAGCGGGAGGAGUUUGCGAAGUGGAGUGAGGAACGAGGGAUGGUGCCAGACGAUACGGUGCGGAAAAUGGCUAAGAAUGUCAUGAAGAGCAUCUCCAAGUCUUGGGCAGGCUUUAUACUUACGCCGCCCCUUCUGCACUCGGAUUGGGGUUUCCGGCCUGACGCAUUGGAUGAGGAACACUCUCGUCCGCCUAUCCUACUUACAGCGAGCAAGGACGAUGACAUGUCUCCGGUGGCUUAUGCACACUAUCUUGCUGCUAAUUAUAAGAAUACGCGGAUCAAAGACGUUGAUGGGGGGCAUAUGAGUAUUUUAUACCACAUGGAUGAGGUAUGGGCAGAGUUUCUAGCUGACGAGCCUGAGCAAUAG